GGGGGCUGGCGUUCUGGGUCCGGGGUCAGGCUGGCGCGCGUUUGCUCGCCCGCGUGCUGUCAGAGGGCCCAGCGAAACACGUCCAUCUGUGUCUGUUACCCUUACCCACCCAGGCCCACUCCUCAAACAGACGCAUGCGCCCAUCGCUUUCACACACACCUGUGCCAGCUCAAACGCUCACCCGUGCCAGUGCUGGGCCUUCCUCGUCUCACGGAGCAGUCCAGAGGAGGAAGUUGAGAACCUGAAGGAAUUUUGUGUGAGCUGAAAAUAAUUUCCUUGGAUUGGAGCAUGAUGGGAGCUUGAGGAAAUGACCCAAAAUAGUGAAUCUGCUCUUUUAAAGAAUAAGGCACUUUCAGUGGAACCCCCUCUGGGUCCCAUUUUAACGAUCUGCUUUUGGUGCUGGAAUAAUCCACAUCAUUGAUGAAUGAACAUCUCUGUCCUCUAUAAAAGUACACGCCGCCACAUUGAAUAAGAGCUUCUGACAUUUGUAAAGGAAUUAAAAAAGGAAAAAGUAGCCCAAAUCAUGCUCAAUAUAGAACAAUACUGCUUUUGAGCAGUGAGCUGCUUCUGUCUUAGGGCAUCAGUGACUGAUCUUUGCAGUUUUGUCAAGGGGGAUUCCUUGCAUUUCCUGUUAAAUAUACACUAGUGCGGAGUUCAGUUUUCCUGCAGGAUGACCCUUCUGUUCGUGUUCAUAUUUUUAUAAAAAGCGGCCUUUCACCUUUAAGACGUGUCAGUGUGAGACGCAGAGCUGAGGAGCCCCUUUGUUCUGGCCGUGGAGAUCGGCGCGCUGGCAUUGGCUGGCGGAGCGGAAUGCCCGCGGCCGCGUGUGGGUUUCUCUGGGGAAUUUCACCAACCGGCUCCGCCUUUUUUAACCCCUCCACCGAUCGCCACGCGGCGCCUCAGAACGCUGAGCGGCGAGGGAGCGCCGCCGGGGCCCUGCGGCUCCGCGCGUAACCGUGGGAGACGGAACGCUGAGAGCCGCGAUUCCGCCGCUGUGGUUUGGCUUCAGAGGGGCGGAGCGCGUGCGGCUGAAGUUAAUGAGUUCUCCCAGCCUCAGCGAACUGGGCAAGAGCGAGAAGACAGCGUUGGAGGAGAGAGGGACCCAGCAGAGAAGAGCAGGGGCCAAUGCCACCUGGAACAGCAUCCACAAUGCAGUGAUCUCCGUGUUCCAGAGGAAGGGCCUGGCGGACGGGGAGCUCUACAUCCUCAAUGAGGGGGUCAGGCAGCUGCUGAAGACGGAGCUGGGGUCCUUCUUCACAGAAUAUCUCCAGAACCAGCUUCUCACAAAGGGCAUGGUCAUUCUAAGGGACAAAAUUAGGUUUUACGAAGGUCAGAAGUUGCUGGACUCUGUGGCAGAGACCUGGGACUUCUUCUUCUGCGACGUCCUGACCAUGCUGCAAGCGAUUUUCUACCCUGUCCAGGGUAAGGAGCCCUCUGUGCGUCAGCUGGCACUGCUGCACUUCCGUAACAUAAUCACCCUCAACAUAAAGCUGGAGGAUGCGCUGUCCCGCCCCCGCGCCCGCGUCCCCCCCUCCAUCAUACAGAUGCUGCUCAUUCUGCAGGGUGUCCAUGAGUCUAAAGGUGUGAGUGAUGACUACCUGAAGCUGGAGUCCCUCAUUCAGAAGGUGGUGUCUCCGUACCUGGGCACGCACGGGCUCUUCUCCGAUGACGGCACUAUCAUGCAGUGCUCCUGUGUGCUGGAGAAGCGUCUCCUAAGGCGCUGGCCCAAGCCCGGCGAGCCUUUGGCUAAGAACCCGGUGGUGCGCUCCAAGAGCUACAACAUCCCCCUGCUGACGCCGGUGGUGGAGUACGACUCGGACGCGGGCUCGGUGGGCAGCGUGGGCAUCCGCCGCCACUCGGUGUGCGAGAUGACCUCGUGCGCGGAGGAGCCGGCCUACUCCAGCCUGGCCCCCAGCACGGACUCCGGCUCCAGGGCCUCCGUGGCCAAGCUCAGCCUGCCUGACGACCAGGACCCCCCCGCCCUGCCCGGAGCCGCCUGCGCCUCGGUCGGACUGUCCCCCCAGCCCUCCCCCUCCAUCUUCUCCGAACUCUCCCCGGGACCCUUCCGCGCGGCCGAGGAGGAGGGCCAGCCGUCCCCCUCCAGCCUGACCCGGAACCCCUCCUCCCUCCCCAGCUGCUCCUCCAGCCCGGAGACCAUCGUCGACCAGAUCCUGGAGUCCAUGGACUCUGAGCCGGAAGGCAUCUUCAUAGACUUCUCGCAUCGCUGCUCAGACCCUCAGGGAUACAGCAGAGACAAUGGCAGACAGAGCGUGGUUUAGAGAGGGGACCCCUCGCGCGGCACGCCAAACUGCCCCCCCCCCCCAGUACACACACACCCUCCACCUUUCUACAUCACACAUUUUAUAAAACUUUUUAAAAGCUUUGAUAAACAAAAAGUGUUUUUUGAGGAGUUUGGUUUCUUGUUUCCAUUUUGCUUUUGGUGUUGUUUCUAAGCUGAAUGUUUAAUGAUGUUUAAUUGGUGUUCCCUGUGCUAAUGAGCUCGACAGUAGCGCUGUGAACAGGUCCAGGUCCCAGUCCAGUGAAAAGUGGGUUCUAAUGUGAUUCUGUGUCGGGGAGAGGGAUGGAGGUGAGACAUUGCAUGGGGUUCUAUGCCUGCGGGCCUCUCCCAGUUUAAAGUGUAGGAUUGCUUGUCUUACUUGUGGUGGUCUAGUAUCUUGAUGCAGAUGUAGUAAUCAGGUGUGAAUUGAGAAGAGGGCCUCCCCCUGGCUCUCCUGUGAAACAUUUUGAAAUUUUCCGUCCGAUGGGGUGAGUCAAAAGCCUGAUUGCUUUUUCACCCUUUAUUUGUGACAGACGUUCUGAAGAACUUGGGAUGGUAUAUUCUAAAAUAUAAAUGAUAUAUUAUAAUUAAAAGCAUAUGGAUCCAUUUAAUAUUCUUCGUAUGAAGAUAUAAAUGUUGUUGUUCUUUUUAUGUUAUGGGUCUAGUAUUUAAAUGAAUAUCAUAUUAAAACAUUGUUUUAUGGUGCAUUCUGCCCCUGACCCUGCUAGAAGGUUUAUACAUUUUAAAAACACAAUGUCUGAAUUGUAAGAAUAGAACAGUAUUCAUAUUCAAUUCAGUAUUUAUAUUUUUAAGGUUAUACCAGAUAUCAAUGACAAGCAUUUAAUUAGGAAUACAGUGACUGACAGAUGAAGUAAAUGUAAAUCAUUAUGAUUAAUCACUUCUAAAUUUAUGAAUAGUUGUUUCUUCCUUAUUAAGUUAGUUGAUCUAGUACACAAGAAGUGGUUUUUUAUACACUUAAAAAUUUUUUCAUGUGUUUUAUACGAGGGAGCUAAAAGCGCAUGUAUUUUACGCAGACAUAACACUUUUUAAAGUGGUGCAGAGGUUUUUAACAUAGUUUUAAAUACAUUUUUUGUUUCAUCUUGCCAAUUUUUGAUCGGAUUCAAAGUGAUCUUCACUGUAUAUUAUGAUGUUGCUAUCAUUAUUUAUAUGUGAUUUUAUAUUUAAAUUAUGAAAGAAACUUCAAAUCAACAAAUACAAACUCCUGAUAUAAAUCACUCUCACUGUGUACAUUGGCGCUUAUAAUUAAUUCAGUUCCUCCUCAGUCAACACAAUCAUAUUUGAAGGAUCAAGGCUGGUCCUUUGAGGCUGGGCCAUUAUCAGUACACAAGAAUAAACAUGAUAAACUGCAGAUUUA